UUUGGACUCUCAUUGUGCUUGGUGAUUCUGGUUAUGAUCUCUCAAAAAUGCCAGAUACCGUCAAAAAGGUUAGACCUUCAAGGGAUCCGAGGUAUUGCUAUAAUAGUGGUACUAGGUUUUCAUUUCUACCCAGAAGUAUUUCCAAAUGGGUAUCUUGGAGUUGAUCAAUUCUUUGUCUUAUCCGGAUUCCUAAUGUGUAUGUUGCUAAAGCGUGCUGAAAACCAAUCCCCAUACUCUCUGGUCACAAUUUUCUAUUCACGACGAUUCAAACGAAUACUUCCAUUAUAUCUCCUUAUCAUUCUGAUCUCUAUGAUUUGUCUCUACAAAUUCUUCCCGGAUACCGCAAUAGAAUCAAAUCAAAAGUCUGCUGUUCAAGCUCUUCUUUUCAUGUCUAACCGACCAAAAACAGUGCACGAGGAUUACUUUUCACAGGCAUUUAUUUAGACAACAUUUCGGUUUUAAACAUUAAUUCCAGCUUGCUCUGGCAGUCGACAUCUUCACUCAUACGUGGUCUUUAUCUGUUGAAAUUCAGUUUUAUUUCCUAGUUCCAUUAAUUUUCCUUAUUUCAAAAUGGAUUCCAAAGAAGAAUCAAUAUGAAUAUUAUGCAAUUAUAGGUUGUCUAUCGUAUAUUUUUUCAUUUUGCUCACCAGAUUCCACAGCCUUCAAUAGCGUUUUUGCAAGAAUUUGGCAGUUUUUAAUUGGCAUGGUAGUUUACACCGCUCUGUGGAACAUUGAAGAUCAAAAUAAGCAAUUUAAAAACCGUGUGGUAAGGAAAAUCGAUGACAACAACCGACUGAAUUCAUCAUAUGUAUCCUAUUUUUCUUUGGCUGCAUUGCUAUUUAUCACUGCUUUCCCGUACACUCUGAAAGCAUCAAUUGUUAGACCAUUGGUAACUGUUGGAACAGGAUGUUUAAUGCUUAUAUCGGAAGAUAAUGUCAUGUUGUCGAAUAAAGUUUUGACAUACAUUGGAGAUAUUUCAUAUUCACUAUAUCUGAUACACUGGCCUAUUUAUGCAUACUGGAAGCUCACCUAUGAUGGAGAGCAGUAUUUGCUUUUCAUGACGCUAGUCACAUCUAUUGCGCUGGCUAUUCUGGUAUUUGAAACAUUUGAAAAAUGGUAUCUAAAACUAUCAUCUACAUCUACUGCCAUGCUAAUUGCAAUACUUUUCGUUUCAAGCAUAAUUGUGAUUAAAAAAGAUGAAAUAUCGAAUUCCAUUGAUUCAUUCGGAAAGAAUAUUUCAAGCCUGGAUAAUGUUACAAGCGACAUGACCGUUGAUGAUGCUACCAAGAAAAAUUAUCAAUGGAAUAUUAAUGACGUCGCGAAUCUUAUCGCACCGUCCUGUGAAUAUGAGACUGUUCGAUCAAUACCAAUGGGAUGGUGUAGGCAUAAGGACCUGAAACCUUCCGGAAAAUACAAGAUUGCCAUGAUUGGCAACAGUUGGACUGCGAAUCACGCUUCCCUUGUCUACCAAGAGUGUGGUUAUCAGGCCAACAGUAUUCUACAAGGAUCGUUUGGAUACUGUGAAGUUUUGUAUCCGACAACUCUAAGACCACAUUGUCAUGCGAGGUUUAUUGACUAUGAACAGCGGAUCCGAAGCGAGAAGCCGGAUUAUGCGUUUGUACUUGCAAGAUACUUUUCUGUCGGAUCCCCGGCUCCCAAAAAUGUGACAAGCUUCGAUGAUGACCCGUUUUAUCAAGUUAUGAAAGAACAAACGUUGAAACUUUUAUCUAGUAUCAAACAUAAAAUGUAUAUUCUUGACGCCUUCCCUAGUAUCAACGAUCUAGGAAUUUCCCAAAUAGCGCCUAUGUUGAAAGAUGGAACCGAUCGAGUGGUUAUAGAUAAGUUUCUCUUAAAAACGAAAGAAUAUCAAAAGGACGAAGAAAGUUACCAAAUGGCGCGGAAAAGAUAUGCUCAGCUCGUGAAGGAUUGCAAUGGAAGAUGUGUUCUGAUAGAUUAUGCGGAGAAAUUUUACAAUGCAACGACUGGGACUUAUCGAUUAUUUGAUGAGAAAGGGUUCACAUAUUUCACUUCGGGAACACAUUUAUCGCCACAUGGCGUAGAACAUGUAAGGAACGUCUGGACAGAUAUUUGUGCAAAGUUGUAAACUACGUUUAAUUUAUUACAAUAAAUGAUCAUAUUAAUA